AAUAUAAAACAGCUGAUAGCGUGGGGCAGACCGCAGACGGGCAGUGUGUACAUAACCUGCUCUCCGAUAUAACCUUUUUGCGUUGCAUGUCGCAUUUCACCUUUAAAUAAGGUCUAAGCCGUCUAAGUUAGAGGUCUUAAAAGAUCUAAGUUAAUUGCGAAAGUGUUCUGUAACUAUAUAAUAGAUCAAGACAUGUUUCGUUUUGGAGCCAAACGUUUGUUUAUUAGUAGAAAUUUUAGUGCGAAAUUUAAUGAUAUCAGCAAUCUUGUUAAGAAAAAUAAGAUAGUCGUCUUUAUGAAAGGCGUUCCAGAAGAGCCAAGAUGUGGGUUCAGCAAUGCAGUAGUUCAGAUAUUACGUGUACACGGCGUUACUUAUGAUGCUCACGAUGUUCUUAAAGAUGAGAAACUUAGACAAGGCAUAAAAGACUUUUCUAAUUGGCCUACAAUACCCCAAGUAUUUAUAAACGGUGAUUUCAUGGGCGGCUGUGACAUACUCUUAGAAAUGCAUAAGAAUGGUGAGCUUAUCGAGGAAUUGAAAAAAGCUGGAAUUACUAGUGCUCUUUUGGAAAAAGGAGAAUCUUCUCAAAGUGAUGUCAACAAGUCUAAAGAAUAAAUUUUGUUUUAAUUCUGUAAAUAAACAACUAUGUUUUGUAUGGAUAGUAAGAUAGUCGUGUUUUGUUCUAAACAUUUUUGUUAAUUAAAUAUAUGUUUGAGCAAAUAACCUGAAAUUUAAAAUAAUAGUACAGAAAAGGAGCUGUAAGGAGUUGGCAUGGUAAACAGUGUGCAUAAGAUUUCAAACUUGUAGUAAUAUAAAUGUGAAUAACAACACAUAAUAACUUUACAAAUGUUUCAACUCCGUCUGUUUCGCUAUACUGAGAGGAUGGCUCAAAACAUUUGUAAAGUUAUUUAUAUUACUUGAAACUUUCUAAAAUUUGCUGUUUACAGUGUCGACUCCUUAUAAUCCUUUUUUCGUAAUAUUUUCGUUAAGUAUAAUUUUAACUACAAAAUGUAAUGCAAAUAUAUGAAUGUUUAUCCAGUA